AUGGGUAAAAGGGUGCCUUGGAUUCUAGCAGGAGACUUCAACUCAAUUUUGUCUAGAGACGAGAAGAAAGGUGGUACUAGUCGUCGUAAGGGAUGUACUUCCUUUUUCAAUUUCAUGAGUUACCACGCUCUUGUGGACUUGGGUUUUAAGAGUCCCCAAUUCACUUGGACGCGGGGUGGUGUCUUCGAACGCUUAGAUCGCAUUGUAGCCAACGACGAGUGGAACAAUUUUGCUUCUUUUCCAUGCCGAGUGGACCAAGCACGCUCAAUUCAAUUCGUUCAUCCAAGAGAAUUGGUGCAGGGAGGUAAUAUUAUUAACUCUUUAAAUAGUAUUACUAUAUCUCUCAAUGUGUGGAACAUGGACAUAUAUGGCCAUGUCAUCCAGGAAAAAAGAAAGCUGAAAAGAAAACUUCUCACUAUCCAAGUGGAGAUUGACAGGAAUGGCAACGAUCGCAUUUUUGAUAAGGAGCUUGAAAUUCGUUCUAAACUCGAAGAGAUACUAGACCACGAAGAGCUCCUUUGUGAUAGGGAAAUGGUGGCGGGUUAA